AUGGAAGUAGCUUGGCUGUCGGUUAUAGGCAAGGAAGGGCGUGGCAGCAGCGUGCGUACCCCUGAGACCCCUGACGAGGCGCAGGAAGACGAGGAGGGGCAACUCCCCAGGUUCAAGAAGACCACGACAGCUUGGAAGGGCAAGCUAGACGGCAAGAGGCAGACGCCCGAGCCCCCGGCAAAACCUUGGGCGGCCUCUGUGGCCCGCCCGCUGCCCUGGGGCGGCGCAGUGGCCCCCCGGCCGCGGGACCCCGCCGCCGGCCGGUCCCACCCCCGCGCCUGGGCGCCCUCCACCUCGGUGGCGCGCGCCGACGAGCUGCGCAAGGAGCUCAAGUAUCUGGACGUCAUCCAGCAGCAGCGGCGGCGCAGCGCGGACGUCACUCCCACGCCGCCCACGCCGCCAGGCACGCCCCCGCUGGCGUCCCCGGCAGCGGCUGCCGUCGACUCAGCUGCGGGCACCGUGCCUGUGAAGCCGGAGGAGAGCGAAGAGCUGGCGAGAGAAAACCAGGUGAAUGCUGUGCAGAGUGACGCACAACCGCCACGUGAGGACUCGGAGCCUGCGGUCGUCCAGGAUUUGGGCGAGCAGAAGGCGAGGGGCGUGGACGUCAGGGAGUUUCCCGUCCAGGCCGACGACCUGGACGACGACCAGGAGUCAUGCCGCUCCUCGGACGUCGCGCGGGCUGAGGCGCCGGAGGGGAUGGUGUGCGGAGACGCGGACGCAGAGAGGGCGCUGUUCCUGGGGAAGGCGUCAUAUGCGGGCGUACUGGCCGCCGCGGAGGAGCUGGUGGCAGAGGCGAAGGUGGCGGUGAGCGCGGCGGAGAGGGACGUCGCGGACGUCGGGAUGAUCUGUGAGGGCGCGAGGGAGGAGCUGGGGGCGGUUGGGGGAGAAGGCGAGGCGGGCUCGGUGGCUGCGGGCAAGCAGGGCGCUGUGGGGACCUGCGAGGAGAAAGCUGGCGACAAGCAGGAGGAAGUCGUCUUGACUGAGGAGAAAUACGACGGAGAGGAGGAAGUGGAGGCGGCAGCACAGUCGCCUGUCGUAAUGCCUGAGGCAGUUGUUGACGCCGAAGUGCAGGAGCACGUGGCGCCGGUUGACGGCGAAGUGGCUGUGGAGGAUGCUGUCCAGUCGCCGGCGCAUGGGCAGAAGGCGCUGCCUGCCGAAGGGGAGGAGACGGCGCCAGGCGCAAACUGCACGUCAGCCAGCAGGCUGCCGAAGCCACCAACAGCACAGGGGAAGUCCUCUGGCAUGGAGAGCCAGGACAAGGGCAGUAAGGCGCCACUGGCGGGCGCCUCCAUUGUCGCCCCAAAGGCCGGCAACGUUGUAGUUUCUGAAAAUGCCAAUAGCGACGCAGCGCAGAUGUGCGAAGAAGGUGCAGACCUGGAAGUGACGCAUGCGCAAACUGCAGACGAGGAAGGGGAAUCUGCAGUGUGCACGUCAGACGUCACUGUGGAGGAGAUUGCUGAUGCCGCCACCAAGGAGCAGGUGCCUGUUGAGACGCCAGACGUGCUUGCGGUCCAAGCCACCGGCGACGAGGCUGAUGCCAUGCACGUGCAGGAAGAUCUCGGAGAAGAUGGUCUGCAGGAAGAUGGCGUUGCUGCAGAGGCUUCUCAAGCGUUUCCUGCUGAACGGGACGAUGCAGAAGUCGAGGCUGCGAAGGUCCCUAUGAAGAAGACGAACGUCUCGUCCAUGUGGGAAGCAAAGCAAGCCGAGGCAGAGCGGGAGCAGGCACUUUCAAGCAGCUCGAAACCGCCCGUGAACAUCUUCAGCCUUGAGCAGGCAGGAGGGCAGCGAGAAGAACAGAAGGAUGAACUGUCGACGAGCAGCUCGAAAUCGCCGGUCGACGAACCAGAGCCCGAGGGCGCUGAGGAUGGAAGGACGGAUGUGAAGAUGAUGUGUAAACUUUUUGCCCGCAUGUCAGAGAACAACUAA